UCAUUACAAAUGAGUAAAUGCAAAUGUAUUUAAACACACGGCGUACAAGUUACAUUAUAAUUAGUAUGCUUCAGCUGAAUAAAAAUGCUUGUCAGUUCACUUUGCAUUUCAAAGAGAUAACUUAAGAAAUAUCGGUGCACUUAAGAGGGUCAAAUCAAGUGGGUUUAACAAUUAUUGAAAUGAUAGCACAAUUUAAUUUAAAUGCAAAAUGCAAUUAAGUGUGUGAGCUGAAAGUAACAUUUACUUUCAGCUCACACCUAAGCAUAUUCCUUUUAAGACUAUUAUUAAUAAUCAGUUCUCUUUUUUAAAAAAAUAUGCAAAUUCUGUGCAUGCCUUUUUCUAAUAAAUAGUGUCCGAAAAAAAAGCUAUUGAUUUAAAAAUACACUGACAUUAUGAGCCCGAGUAUCCUCACUAGCUGGUUUUGUAACGCACUGGCAGCAAGGGAUCUCUCCGCCGUGUCAACCACUGAAGAUAUGGACAUAUCUAGAGAGAAGCUACCUGCCGGGGAACAUUUUAACGAUGCGUUAGAAAAAGAAAAGUCCCGGCUGCAUCUUCCCGCACCUUCACCUCGGCAGGCCGUGGGAUCUCCGGCCAAGGCAAACGGACCUGGCCUGUACACAGACUGUGGAAUGAAAUGCAACAAUAACGCCGUCGAUCAGUCAGAGGUCCUUUACAGCGCACCCGACGGGCAAGAGUUAAACGCCUUAAACGGACCAGAGAGACCUUUAACUCUGAACGCAGCACCUGAAAAGUGUGCCGAAUCAUUGCCCAGCAUUACACCUGCAGAGAAAGGGAAAAAGCUACGUCUUUUCCACUUCCUGUUCGAGAUGCUGGAGGACCCCGGCAUGGCCCAGUGUGUGUCCUGGGUGCCCGCUUCGGCGGGCGUCUUCCGCUUUUCUGCCAGACACAAGGAGCGCGUGGCCGAGCUCUGGGGCCAGAGGAAGGGCAACAGGAUGCCCAUGACCUACCAGAAAAUGUCCCGCGCACUGCGAAAUUACGCCCGCUCGGGGGAGAUCAUUAAAGUGAAAAAGAAACUGACUUAUCAGUUUAGCUUAGCAACCCUCUCUACUUUACAGAGGCAGCGCGGCGUAACCAAAGCAGCAUGCGGGUCAAAAUAGGGACUGGACGAUUGUCUCAAGUUUGUUACCGUCAUUAUUUCUCAUGAUAUCUCAAUUGCUUUGGUAACAAGAGGAGGGUAAAAUUAGUUUCUAUUUGUAAGACUGUGGUGUUUUGCAUUGCAUGGGUUUGUGCUGUUCUUUACAUAUCUUGAUGUAUUUAAAACAAAAAAAAGUGUGUCUUAAAAAACAAAACAAACAUUUUAUAAAUAAAUAAAAUAUUCAUAUAUACAGUAUAUAUAUAUAGUGAACCUAUUCACUUUUUUACUGUUUCUUUCUCACUUUUUUAAGCUGCCGUUUUAAAGUGGCAAAACAAA